CGGUGUGUGACUCCGGAGUACAGUGUUCACUUGGCUGGCGCAGUGAAGGCAUCUCCGAAAUGCUGAGUCCUAAGUUCUGGUUUGGCCUGACCCUGCUGACCAUCGUUUCGGGGGCAGCGGUACCUGGAAAAGCUCCCGUCGACGAGGAGCGAAUGCAUCCGCAUCUGCCCAGUAGUCCCAGACUUCGUUCGAUUGCCGGCGAGGACACCCAGGAGUACUGGCACUCGGCCGGCAAGAAACUCAUCCGUGAGAAGCUGGAGUAUGUGAGGAACACGAACAAGGCCAAGAACAUAAUCCUAUUCCUGGGCGAUGGCAUGGGCUUGGCCACUCUGGCUGCUGCCCGUAGUUACAUUGGGGACGAAGAGCUGAAGCUCUCUUUCGAAGAGUUUCCUUUCACCGGGCUGUCCAAGACCUACUCGGUGGACAAGAUAGUUCCCGACAGUGCCUGCACCUCCACCUCCUACCUGUGCGGAGUGAAAGCCAACUACGGAACCAUUGGCGUGAAUGCCCAUGUGAAAAGAGGCGACUGUUUGGCCAUGGCCGAUGAGAAGAACCAUGUCUUCUCCCUGGGCAAAUGGGCCAUGGAUGCGGGAAAAGCAGCUGGACUGGUGACCACCACCCGGGUGACCCAUGCCUCGCCCUCGGGAGUCUACGCCCAUGUCGCCGAUCGCGAGUGGGAGAACAACGCUGCCCUGGAAGAGGCCUGCGGUGAGCAAUCGGAGGGUCUCCAGGACAUAGCCGUCCAGUUGAUCCAUGGCGAAGUGGGCAGCAAACUGAAGGUAAUGCUGGGUGGUGGCAAGCGGAGCUUCUAUAGUCCGGAGCACUACGACAAGGGCAGACGCACGGAUGGCCGCAAUCUCGUCGAGGAAUUCGAGGCCUUGAGCAAGGGCAAUACGUUCGUUAAAACGCAGAAGAAACUGCUCGAUGUGAAUGCCACCGAAACGGGCAGACUAUUGGGUCUGUUCAGCAAGAGUCACUUGCACUACCAUCUGGAGCAGUUGGCCGAUCCGGAGAACAAAGAGCCCACGCUGGAGGAGAUGACGCAGAAGGCCAUUGAAGUGCUGGAAACCGAGGAGCAGGGCUACUUCCUCUUCGUCGAGGGGGGAAAGAUCGACAUCAGUCAUCACGACACCAUGGCGCGCAUUGCCCUGGACGAGACCGCCGAGCUAUCGAAGGCGGUGAAGAGGGCCAGGGAGAUGACCAACCCGGAGGAGACGCUCAUCGUGGUCACCUCGGACCACUCGCACACCUUCAGCGUGUCCGGCUACCAGCCCCGUGGCAGCGACAUCUUCGGAGCGGCCAAGGCGAAGGGCCAGGAUGGCAAACCCUAUCUGGCACUGAGCUAUGCGAACGGCAAGAGUUUCGAGGACUUCUACAACACGGAGACCCACGAGCGCGAGGAUCCCACCAGUCUGCCCACAAUCGGGGACUUUGACCAGCUCUUCCCCGCCACGGUGCCCCUGGAGUCGGAGACCCACGGCGGCGAGGAUGUCGGUGUCUUUGCCUCGGGUCCAUGGGCCCAUCUUUUCACCGGGGUCUACGAGCAGAACACCAUUCCCCACAUAAUGGCCUUUGCCGCGUGCGUUGGCGACGGACUAACCGCCUGCGAUAAGGAAUGAAGAAUGAAGAAUGAAGAGGUGAUUGACAGGCCGAAGGACUCUUAAUUAGCUCGUCCACUAGACGAUUCUCACGUACGCUUUAUCGUGUCAUACGAAUACUCAACAGUUGACAGGUGCUGCAAUACAUGGCCCUCGAGA